AUGGGCUACGGCGCCUUCGGCGACUCUGCGCCUGGUAAUUUUCUAACCGGCUUCGGCUUCUACAACCCAUUCUGGCUUCUCGACAUAUCCAACGCCGCCAUUGUCAUUCACCUCGUGGGAGCUUACAAAGUCUUUUGUCAGCCGCUCUUCGCCUUCAUUGAGAAAUGGGCGAAUCGAACAUGGCCGGACUCCAAGUUUAUCUCUAAAGAGAUCAGAAUCCGGUUGAGUUCUACGAAGUCCUAUAAGCUUAACCUUUUCCGGUUAUUUAUGCCAAAUCUUACUGGCAUAAAUAAUAGAAAACCCUACCAUAAGAAUCAAAAUUUGCUGGACACUGCAAGAUAUUUGCAAUGGCGAGCUUCAGCUUUUAUUUAUGGAUUUUACAAUGCUUAAAAUGCUGGCACCAAUUUCAAAUAAAAAAAAUUAUAAAAAUCACAGAGAAUUAUUCCUAAUGAUCGAUAGAAUACAUGUAUUUAUUGAUAUCAACAAUCUUCCAAAAUCAUCGAGGAAUAAUUUUGUUGAAUCUCCAGUGCUUAAGCUACCAUGUGGCAGAUAAAACUAACAGCCUGUAUUUUCAAUAGCAGGCUCUACAACAGAAAAUAAAUAACAUCUUCAUUGAUCAAAUCAAACGAAUAUAUUGCCAUGCACAGACUUCCAUAUUCCUUCGACUGGAUCGUUAUACUCUUAAUAGAUUCGCUUCUGCAUGUACAGGCCAAAGAGUUGGAAGAAGCUGACUAAUACAAUUUGAAACGGUUGAAGUUGA